AUGUAUUUCGGGAAAGAGGAUCCCCCGGUCUUCGGGACGUCUGUCUUCGAAAACAAGGCAUCAACUGAUGGGUAUGCAUCGGACCACAGGGAGCACAUCCGUGUCCAGCGCUCCUUUGGCACCGCUGCAGAGCGUGCGCGGCGGAACCUGAAUGCCAAACUGGCUAAUCCGCUUGCUGGCUAUACCCAAGAAGAAUUGCGCCAACAGGGCAUCAAUUUCGCCAUCACUCACCAGAUGGGUGAUGAGGAAGAUGUUCGUGCCUUUGCGAUGGGUGCCAUGUUAGCUCAAGUGCCAGAGAAAUAUGCGGAGAUCCCCGGUCUGACUCCAGAGGAACUGGAGGUUCUGGAGAACGAAUAUGCCCAUCGUUGGUCCCAGCCCUGGACAAUGUAUCUGGUCAUCUGCUUAUGCUCCCUCUCGGCUGCGGUUCAGGGGAUGGAUGAGACCGUUGUGAAUGGCGCCCAGGUCUACUACAGACAUCAAUUCGGCAUUGAUCGAGGUAGCGAAUCAAGAUCUAAUUGGCUGCUUGGGCUUGUGAACUGUGCACCUUACAUGUGUUGUGCCGUGAUGGGCUGCUGGCUGACGGUCCCCUUCAAUGCCUGGUUUGGCCGACGAGGCACCAUCUUCAUCACCUGUUGUUUUUCUGCCAUCACGUGUAUCUGGCAGGGGUUCGUCAAUACGUGGUGGCACAUGUUCAUCGCUCGCUUCGCCCUGGGCUAUGGAAUCGGUCCCAAGUCUGCAACCGUCCCUAUCUACGCCGCAGAAACAGCACCUCCUGUCAUUCGAGGUGCUUUGGUCAUGCAAUGGCAGAUGUGGACUGCGUUCGGCAUCAUGUUUGGCUACGUCGCGGACCUUGCCUUCUUCGAAGUAGAAGAUCCAGCAGGGAUUGUCGGUCUCAACUGGCGCUUGAUGAUGGCCUCGGCUAUGUUUCCAGCCCUGUUAGUCUGCUGCUUCGUUUUCACAUGCCCGGAAUCGCCUCGUUGGUACAUGUCGCGGAAUCGCUAUGACAAAGCCUACCAGUCAAUGUGCAGUCUGCGCUUCAGCAAGGUCCAGGCUGCGCGUGAUCUGUACUAUAUGCACACUCUGCUACAGGCGGAGACCGGCAUGAAACUUGGCCAGAAUAAACUUGUGGAACUCAUCGCGGUUCCUCGAAACCGCCGUGCGUUGAUUGCAUCUGAGCUCGUCAUGUUCAUGCAACAGUUCUGCGGUGUGAACGUAAUCGCCUAUUACUCGUCAGAGAUCUUCCUAGGAACAGUGACCUCCACGACUCACUUGUCCGUGUCGAAUCAGCGAAAGGCCCUGGCAGCUUCCUUUGGAUGGGGCAUGAUCAACUGGCUCUUCGCCAUUCCAGCUGUGUACACAAUCGACACUUUCGGCCGGCGCAAUCUCCUUCUUACUACGUUCCCUCUAAUGGCCAUAUCUAUGUUCUUCACCGGCUUCAGCUUCUGGAUACCCGAGGAGACACAUGCUUCUGCCCGCCUCGGAUGUAUUGCUUUAGGCACAUACUUAUUCGGCAUUGUAUACUCUGUUGGGGAGGGUCCAGUGCCGUUCACCUAUUCGGCCGAAGCCUAUCCACUUUACGUACGCUCACACGGCAUGGCCUUGGCGACGGCGACGACAUGGUUAUUCAACUGCCUGCUAGCCAUCACCUGGCCGUCUCUGCGCGCGGCUUUCACCCCGCAAGGGGCUUUCAGCUGGUACGCAGCAUGGUGUAUCGUUGGCUGGUGGUUAAUCCUCAUGUUUAUGCCUGAGACAAAGAGCAAGACCCUCGAAGAGUUGGACCAGGUGUUCUCGGUUCCUACGCGCUUCCACGCAGCAUACGGACUUCGUCAAAUUCCUUAUUUCAUCAAGAGGUAUAUCCUUCGCAGAAAGAUCCGACCGGAGAUCUUAUACGAGCGGGAUGACGAGGUUCCUAUGACAGAGGCCGGCUACAACACUUCCUGA